GAAGGCAAGAAGGAAGAAAAGAGGGAAGGGAGGAAGGAGGAAAGGAAAGAAGUAAGGAAGAAAAGAGGGAAGGAAGGAAGGAGGAAAUGAAGGAAGGGAGGAAGGAAUCAGGAGUGAGGAGCAGGGCGGGAUGCCUCCAGGGGCCCGUCCGGACCAUCCAGGGGGAAACGAGCCAGUCCAGGCAGUUCCAGCAGGGGAAAAGGGCCAGGUCCGGAGCAUCCAGGGCUCUUCCCUCCCAAGACCUGUUGAGCGCCGGAUACCUGCCUCCCUCCGGCGGCGAAAAGAGGCUCCCUGCCGGCUGCUCCUCUCCGCCGAAGACCAGAGGGGUCCCCAAAGAAAAGGACGCCGCUUUGACUAAGGGGGCUCCCUGGGCUGCUCCCCGCUCUUCUUGGGGGAAGCUUCUCGGGGUCUGAGGAGCCAGCGGCGCCUUUCCCCCUUUCGCAAAGGCGCCUCCGGGGGCGAAAACAGCGGAGCAGGGGCCUCUUUGAAAGAGGGGAACAAACUCAAAAAGUACUUUUGGGGCACAGAAAUGCCUGAUGCAGCGCACUCUGCAGCAGUUAACUGGUUUGACAGAUGAAAAAGUGAAGGCCUAUCUUUCUCUUCACCCCCAGGUACUGGAUGAAUUUGUGUCAGAAAGUGUAAGUGCUGAAACAGUGGAAAAAUGGCUAAGGAGGAAGCACCACACAGAUGAAGAUGAUUCAACUCCCAAGCAUGUCAACAGGUACCAGAAUUCUGACAUGCAAGAAGUGGUAUAUGAACUGAACAGCUAUAUAGAGCAACGGUUGGAUAUAGGAGGGAACAAUCAACUGCUAUUAUAUGAACUGAGUAGUAUCAUUCGAAUGGCUACAAAUGCUGAUGGAUUUGCACUGUAUUUCCUGGCUGACUGCAAUAAUAGUCUUUGUGUGUUCACACCAUCGGGAAUGAAGGAUGGACAACCACAGCUUGUUCCUGCAGGACCCAUUAAGCUUGGCACUACAAUAUCUGCUCAUGUAGCUAAGUCUAGGAAGACAUUAUUAGUAGAUGAUAUUUUAGGGGACGAGCGCUUUCCCAAAGGUACUGGACUAGAAUCAGGGACUCGUAUCAAGUCUGUGCUUUGUUUGCCAAUUGUUACUGCACUUGGUGACCUGAUUGGGAUUCUGGAGCUUUACCGACACUGGGGCAAUGACACCUUCCAUCUUACUCACCAAGAGGUUGCAACAGCAAAUCUUGCCUGGGCUUCAGUAGCAAUACAUCAAGUAGAGUUUAUCCAAUCCAAUCAGGUGUCCAGGGGCCUUGCCAAACAGACGGAACUGAAUGACUUCCUGCUUGAUGUAUCAAAAACGUAUUUUGAUAACAUAGUUGCAAUAGAUUCUCUACUUGAACAUAUAAUGAUAUAUGCAAAAAACCUGGUGAAUGCAGAUCGCUGUGCACUCUUCCAGGUAGAUGAGAAGAACAAUGAGUUAGAUUCGGACCUAUUUGAUAUUGGAGAGGAACAAGAAGGGAAACCUGUCUUCAAGAAGACCAAAGAAAUAAGGUUUUCUAUUGAAAAAGGAAUAGCUGGUCAGGUAGCAAGAACAGGUGAAGUCCUCAACAUUCCUGAUGCCUAUGCUGAUCCACGUUUUAACAGAGAAGUAGAUCUCUACACAGGAUACACCACAAGGAACAUUUUAUGCAUGCCUAUUGUGAGCCGAGGAACUGUAAUAGGCGUUGUGCAGAUGGUGAACAAACUAAGUGGAAGUGCCUUCUCUAAAACUGAUGAGAACAACUUUAAAAUGUUUGCAGUCUUUUGUGCUUUAGCCUUACACUGUGCUAAUAUGUACCACAGAAUUCGCCAUUCAGAGUGCAUUUAUCGUGUAACUAUGGAGAAGCUUUCUUAUCAUAGUGUAUGUACAGCAGAAGAAUGGCAAAACCUCAUGGACUGUAAACUCCCACCACAUCUCUGCAAAGAAAUUGAAUUAUACCAUUUUGACAUUAGUCCUUAUGAAGAUCUCUGGGCAGCCAUUUUUAUCCAUAUGGUCCAUCAGUGUUGUGGGAUAGGCUGGAGCAUCAGAAGGGAAGAGACUAAGAACCAAGAAGAUUGCAGUGCUAUGCUGUCAGCAUUGAGCCUUUAUGUGGAAUCUGAUGUUAUGGAGGAAGGUUUUGAUCUAGAAAAACUAUGUCGUUUCACUAUGUCUGUAAAGAAGAACUACCGUCGUGUACCCUAUCACAACUGGAAGCAUGCAAUUACAGUGGCACACUGCAUGUAUGCCAUACUUCAGAAUAACCACAUGUUUUUCACAGACAUAGAACGAAGAGGUCUUCUGAUUGCAUGUUUAUGUCAUGACCUGGAUCACAGAGGUUAUAGCAACAGCUAUCUUCAGAAGUUUGACCAUCCAUUGGCAGCACUUUAUUCCACCUCAACCAUGGAACAGCACCAUUUUUCACAGACAGUGUCUAUCUUGCAGCUGGAAGGCCACAAUAUUUUCUCUAACUUGAGCUCCAGUGAUUAUGAGCAAGUCUUGGAAAUCAUCCGCAAAGCCAUCAUAGCAACCGAUCUUGCUCUGUACUUUGGAAACCGUAAACAGUUGGAAGAGCUUCAUCAUUCAAGAACACUAAAUCUUAAAAACCAAGCACAUAGGGAUCGUGUGAUUGGGUUAAUGAUGACAGCAUGUGACUUGUGUUCUGUGACAAAACUGUGGCAUGUGACUAGACUGACAGCUAGUGAUAUAUAUGCAGAGUUUUGGGCUGAGGGUGAUGAAAUGAAGAAGUUAGGUAUUCAGCCUAUUCCUAUGAUGGACAGAGACAAGAAGGAUGAAGUUCCUCAGGGCCAAAUUGGGUUCUACAAUGCUGUAGCUAUGCCAUGCUAUACCACGCUUGCACAGAUUCUCCCUCUCACAUCACCACUACUUCGAGCAUGCAGGGAAAAUCUCAAACAAUGGGAAAAAGUGAUACGUGGAGAAGAAGCUCAUGGAUGGAUACCCUCCCCACCAAAUAGCACUGAAUCAGAUUCACCUCCUGUGAAGAUUGAUGAUUGAUCAACAUUUUAAGAAUUAUUUAAGUUCCCUUUCCCUUUUUAGGCAUUGAAAAUUAUAAACACUCCAAAUAUUAACUGGGAAGACUGUGCAGCAUUCUUCAGUGAUACAGUGCGAACAGAGAGACUGAAUGACAAUUCAGCCAUUUCAGAAUCAGCUAUGGAAGCAAAUCUUUAGCUUGUAAAUAUAUUUUAAAAAACCCUUGCUUCUUUCUUAUGGGCUACUUGCUGAGGCCUUAAUGUAAAAAUCGUUAAAUAGAGAAAGCAGAUCUUAAAGGCUGCUUUUCAACGGUGUCUUCUGCUGGGAGCAGGGUUCAAUGGUACUUUUACUUCACUAUACUGUGUCUGGCUUUGAUACCAGUUCCAUUGAAGGCAUUUUGGGCUAUAAAUAGGAGAUCACCACAUUGCUAUUGUGAAUUUUUUUGUCAGAUCUUUAUGUAAUCAGUUCAAACUCCAGAAGAAACACUCUGGAGAUGAAACUAUAAUUGAGUUUACAGUACUUGAAUUCAUCUUGCUGCAAAUGGGGAAAUUAACUUCUAAAUACAGUGCUCCAAAAUUAUUUUAAUAACAUCACAGGACAACUUCUCUAUUGCACAUGUCAGAUAUUUGAAAGAAUAUAAUGUGUAAUUUUUAAAAAUGAUUUCUUAAGCUGCCAAAUGUAUCCAUUUCUACACUGGAAAUAAUGGAAAAUUUACCUCUGGUCAGAAGACAUUAUACAUAUCCCACCAAGUAGCUGAGGGCCUUCCUGCUGACAUUAGUAACAGCAGUGGACUGAAUGUCAAAUCAUAGCUUCAAAGAUCUGGCAGGUGGACAAACCAACCAAUUUAUUUUAUAGGAAACCUUAGAGAAACUGGCCUCCAAUCCCAGCUAUCCCAUAAAAAUAGGACAUUCAAAACAAUGUCAUGUUCAAUAGAACAUAGCAGUGACUUCACAAUAAAUGAAGUGGAUAUUCUCCCCAGCUAUUAAAUUGCUCAGUAGUGUGCAUUCUGUUUUGCCCUUCCCUCCUAACAAUUGGGAAGUUUACUUUAAAGUGUACUGUUGUUUUGUCUUGUAAGCAGACUGCCUGCUGAACAAGACUGCUCGUUUGGAAAACAUUGCACUUGAAUACUGUGAACUGCAGAUCUGUUUUGACUUGGGCCCUGAUUCUGCAAACAAUUACAUUAUUUAAAGCAUGUGUAUACCUCUUUGCAGAACUGAGUUUUAGAUCUAGUGCAAAUAUUUUAACCUUAAUAUGUUUUUAUAAGGUGAAUAACUAAGCCAUGGGGUUUAAUCCUAGCACCACUGACCUCAGUGUGAGUUUUGCUGUUGACUUGAAUGGAUACCUUUUUCUUUGCCCUUUCUCUUUCAUCUUUCCCCCCCAAAUUUGUGCUGAGUUUAUGAGCAGUAACAAAGUACAUUUAUAAUGUCCUCUAGGAUGAAACUGCCAACUGUUUAAUGGAUGUAACAUUUAAAUGGAUGUACAAAUAGAAAAAUUACAAUGUAUAGGUCUGAUGUGCACAAUCUUUGCCUGUGUCCUAACACGCCAUAAUAUGAUGUAGCCUGUGCACAUUGGAUUCCUUCAUGGCAACAUUGUGCUCAACACAUGCUGGGUCCAUAAUCUGGUGAGGUACAGCCAGGAGUAGACAUGAUUGUGACCGACCACUUCAUAUGAAUGCUGAACAUUAGAGAAGCCUAUGAGAAAGUAUUGGGAACACUGCUUUUUCUUCUCACUUGGGUGUAAAAGGCUGCUUUUCUUGUUACUUAGGUAUAAUCUCAAGAGUAUAGACAUGUACAAAACAUGACUAUGAGAAUAUAUACUAGUUGAUAUCUACCAGAGAAGUUAUGAACUCUUAAAUUGGGUGAUGCACCAAGAUUAUUUCUGUCACCGGAAUUUGUGUAAUUCUCUGAAUUAACCUUUGAUAUCGUUACUGUGAAAGAUCACUAAUGGGCAUGAUGGUUGAGUUAUUGAAAGCAUAUUAGAAUCAGUACAUCUUCCAUUCAGUGCAACCAGCUUUUUGUACUUGUGCUCUCUUGCGCUCUCUCUCUGUCUCACACACACACACACACCUCUCUCUACACCUCCAACCUGUGAUGGAUUGGGUCAAUCAACUGUUUUAAAAUUCUUAUCUGAUUUAUUAAUUCUUGUUCCAGAUACUAACAGGCCAUACUAUUGGUACAAUAUUCAUAAGAUCCUAUCAGCCCCAAAUAGUUACCCUUUUCUAAAAGAAAAUAUUUUACUGGCUGGAUCCUCAAAGAGCUUUGCCUUAGUUUAUAGUGGAGCACAUAUUGUUACAGGUUUGUACACUGUCUGUUAAGAAAUAUAACUGCAGUAAUAUACUUGAAAUCUUUCCAUAAAUAUAUUUUGUAUUUUUAAAUUUGUGAUCUUCUGGGCCUUUUUGAAAGACCUAGGGCCUUGAAGUGGUCCAGUUGUCUUCAUUGCCCUAAUUACUUUCCAUCUCUUCACUUGAAUCAUUCUCAUAGCUAUAUGUGGGUAUCGCUACCCAACAGAACCAAGUUGAGUAUUAAAAAAGAACUACAUCAAAUAUGUUUUGAUUUGGUUUAUCUGGGUAACUACCCAUAUGUAAAUAAUGAUGAUGAUGAUGAUGAUGAUGAUGAUAAUCCAAAGCAUCCCAGUGCAAAGUGUGUAUACAUUGAGAAAAAUGAAAGAGCUGAUGAAACUGCAAAAAAGAUAUUAUUGAAGAGCUGUUUCCAGUAUGGUGCCAGUAACAUAAGAAGAUGCCUGUCUACCUACCUGAUCAUGGUGCGUUGGUGUUGCCUGGUAUGUUUGGGGUUUACACACAGUCAUCUACAAGUGAGUUUGACCUCACUGAAAGUAUUGUCACACUUAACCAAAAAUGGGCUGCUCUCAUAUAUGAACUGAUUGCAUGAAUUAUUGAAUCACAUCAGGGGAACCUGUGGCCUCCAGGUUCUGACAAGCUACCAUUCCUAUCGUGUCUCAUCACCAGCCAAGCUUAAGUAAGUUUUAGCCAGGCUCAUGAGGGCUUGGUUGUAGUUCUGCUCCUUAUGGUGAUAUUACAUAUCACCUGGCUAAAACUUCCUUCAGCUUGGCUGGUGGUGAGGCAUAAUGGGAACUGUAGUUUGUCAGAAUCCAGAAGGCUAUAGGUUCCCCACCCAUGAUCUAGAUGAUUAGCCAGAGUGCUUUACACAUGUUUGCUGCUGACAGUUUGAACAAGCAGUAAAGAGUUUCAGUUCAUUGCUCUCCUUUCUUCAAACUCAUAUCUUCACUGAGGGAUUAUUCAGACUUUUUAGCACAACUAUCUGAAUAAACUCACUCAUGCAUUCUGGUUUUGUUGUUCACACUGUUUUUUAAAAUCAAAGCCACAUCUAUGUGUUUCUGUGAGUUCUGUUACUCACAUGUGUCAGUACUUGAAUAAAGAUGGAGUUGAUAUGGAUGUAUUCAAAUCACAUUCCAGGCAUGCAGAGUUUUAUCCUGGUUUAUCAUGGGUCUAUUCCCAUUCACACAGCUGACAAUGCAAAUACUUUAUGUAUAUUCAGAAAACCCCUUGAGAUCGAUGAAGGUUAAGUGGGUUUUUGGGGAGUCCCCUUCCUCAAACUUACUUGAGUGCAUUUGAAAUGCAUGUGAACAACAAAGAUUCAAUCCGCAUUCUACCUGGAUUAUUUUCACCAUUUGAUUAAUCCCUGAGUUGACACAUUAUUUCUUUUUACAAUGUAAAAUCAUAUCAGAAGUAAGCUGUAUGACUGGUGGCUUCCCAGUCAGAUGGGUGGCAAAUAAUCUCCAGCUUUUACUCUACAUUGUAAGGUGGCUAUCCAAGCUCCUGGACAAUAUCUCAAAAUAGCUUCAGUGCCUUGGAUAGCUCCUUAUAGUGUUCAGAAUAAAAUCCUCGGCAGAUUCACCAUGGGAGCCAGUAAGACAGAACAGUAUUAUAUGAGAGCUAUAUGUUUCCUGUUUAAAUAGGUACAUAUAUUUCUCACUCCUGGGAUUUUGAUAUAAACAAGCAUAUCUUGUAAUUCUUAAGUUGUUGCCCCCAAAAAUGUUAUCGGUAUGGUUUGAAAUAAAAGUUACACAAGUUCUUUGAGAAAAGAUUACAAGCCACAAAUGCUACUGUUGUGUAAUCUCUUGGUUCCCAAAUACUGAAACUUGAAAAUGAUUUUUUUAAAAAUGUAUUUCAUGAUAACUAGAAAAGCAGCUUUUAGCAUGAACAUUUGUGUUCAGAUGCCAUUUGGGAAUAUGAUUAAUUUUUUUAAAAAGUGCAGCAUGCAAAAGAAAAUACACAAACACAAAUACAUACACUUCCGUAAACAAACAAAAAAUGAAAUGGAUCUUUUUUCGUACAGAAAAUCUUCAGAACAGUUGCAUAACUAUAGAUCUUUGUUUCCAAUAAUGACAAAGGGAAUGUUUGUUCAAGUAUAUUUCACUUCUUUUGCAAAAGGGGAAAGGUUUUUUUUCAAAACAAAACACAGAUUCAUUUCUUAUUUAGCUUUAGACAGAAAUUGAAAUGGGCCUCCAGCUUGCACACUUCUUCAUUCCUUGGUUGUUUCCCUCAUUGUGGAUAGAAAUGAACGCUUGAACUAGGGACAGCCUGUGAUGUAAUACAGAACCUUAUCUAACCAUAUUGAGGAAAGAGGACAGAGGUUGUAUGAUGUAAAGGCCUGCUCCUGAGGUGGUCAUAGGCAGAAGCCAAGUAACAUGUAAACAGACUGUUGAAAUAGUACAGGGCAAACUGAUAUUUUGAGCAGAGAUUUUGAUCAGUGGUAAUGGCACUGUUCUAAAGAUUUUUUUUUAAUUGUUGGCAAUAUUCUGCUGUAAUUAUUCAGUUGUUCUAUAAGGCAUACUCACAGAAAGUAUCAAUGAGUAGAAUACUAGUAUUUUUAAAAUAAGAGAACAUAUUCUAAAAGAUACAAAUAAUGUGGCAGGGCAUGACGUGUGGCACUAAGUGACACAAUGAUACACUUUUCUAUGGCUUACGUAGACAGAAACUUUUAUAUUCUGUGGGUAGUGUUAACAUGACUCACUUGCUCAGUCAGUACUAACACUACAAAGAAUAGAAGGCUUGUGAUUGUCCAUUGAGGUCAGACUUCUAUGAGGAAAGAUAAAAAACAUUAUGGUACAAUCUCCAUGUUGUGCCACUUGUAAGGCAGAUGCUUUUGAUAUGUAGACAAGAGUUAAAUUCUUACCUAGUGGCAGGAAUCUCAGAUUAUGGGCCUUCUAUACUAGGAAAGGCACAUCACACUUGUAUUCUUUUAAACAUUUUUCUUGUUGACCAAAAACUGUGUUCAAUUGUAAUAUGGGUAUUUAGUCUAUCAUGCCCUCAAAACAUUAAUAAUUUAACCAGUCUGUAGUUUUGGCCCAUGUGCAUCCACAUUCUAGUAGGUUAUUCUGGGAAGAGGUAACUCCAAGGCAACAUGAUCUGAAGUUAGUAUAUCUAUGGAGUUGCGGAGAGAUGUUGAGAAGACUUUGUGUAAAAAGAAAUAAUGCAAGUGCAAUAAUUUAAAGAGGACUUAACUCUGCAUUUAUAAAUUAUAAAUAAUGUACAUGAUAUGUAAUUUUUUCAUGUAUUCAUUUGAAGUCUUUAUAUUUUGUAAAAAAAGACCUGGCUGUUUACUAUUAUGUUUGUACAAUGGAACAUAAAAUCACUUAUAAUGGUCUAGGUAUGAUGUAAAUAAAUUGACAAACCCAAGCAGCCAGAACAUGUGCAAAUCUGCGGGUCCUAUUGUGAAACCUGUUUCUGCUUUAACAGCUGGCUGUAGUACAAGAAAGCAUCUUCUGUGGAUAUGUAAUUAUACAUAUAAAUAUAUGUAUGAUACACAGAAUAUUUAGAAUUGUUCAUAAUUUUAAAUCAAUUAUACAUACGUAUAGAUGCACAUACAUUGUGAAUA